AUGGCAUCAGAUAUUCCGGGCUCGGUGGCCUUACCAGUGGCACCCAUGGCAAGUGGGCAAGUGAGAAUGGCAGGAUCCAUGUCUUCCAGAGGAGGAAAGCGCCGCUCUGGAAUGGACUUCGAUGAUGAAGAUGGGGAGGGACCCAGCAAAUUUUCAAGGGAGAAUCAUAGUGAAAUUGAGAGACGCAGGAGAAAUAAGAUGACACAGUACAUCACCGAACUGUCUGAUAUGGUACCCACUUGUAGCGCUUUGGCUCGUAAGCCUGACAAGCUGACAAUUCUUCGGAUGGCUGUUUCACACAUGAAAUCAAUGAGGGGCACUGGAAACAAAUCUACCGAUGGAGCUUACAAGCCUUCGUUUCUUACGGAACAGGAACUGAAACAUCUUAUCCUGGAGGCUGCAGAUGGGUUCCUGUUUGUAGUUGCAGCUGAGACGGGAAGAGUGAUCUACGUAUCGGAUUCUGUGACGCCUGUGCUGAACCAGCCACAGUCUGAAUGGUUUGGCAGCACUUUGUAUGAGCAGGUUCAUCCAGACGACGUGGAGAAACUGCGAGAGCAACUAUGUACAUCUGAAAACUCUAUGACAGGACGAAUCCUGGACUUGAAGACUGGAACAGUAAAGAAAGAGGGUCAGCAGUCCUCAAUGAGAAUGUGCAUGGGAUCAAGGCGCUCUUUCAUUUGCAGGAUGAGGUGUGGAAAUGCUCCUCUGGAUCAUUUACCUCUGAACAGAAUAACCACCAUGAGAAAAAGAUACAGGAAUGGCCUUGGCCCAGUAAAAGAAGGCGAAGCCCAGUAUGCUGUUGUCCACUGCACUGGCUACAUCAAGGCUUGGCCACCAGCAGGAAUGACUAUACCAGAAGAAGAUGCUGAUGUGGGACAAGGUAGUAAAUAUUGCCUCGUGGCAAUAGGAAGGCUUCAGGUAACCAGCUCUCCUGUGUGCAUGGACAUGAACGGCAUGUCAGUCCCAACGGAGUUCUUGUCUAGGCACAACUCUGAUGGAGUCAUCACCUUCGUCGACCCAAGGUGCAUCAGUGUCAUUGGCUACCAGCCCCAGGACCUUCUGGGGAAGGAUAUUUUAGAAUUCUGCCAUCCUGAAGAUCAAAGCCAUUUGAGGGAGAGUUUCCAACAGGUUGUGAAACUGAAGGGUCAAGUCCUGUCUGUGAUGUAUCGUUUUCGUACCAAAAACCGGGAAUGGAUGCUGAUCAGAACCAGCAGCUUCACAUUUCAGAAUCCUUAUUCUGAUGAGAUUGAAUACAUCAUCUGCACCAACACUAAUGUAAAGCAACUUCAGCAACAGCAAGCAGAACUUGAGGUACAUCAAAGAGAUGGGCUGUCAUCCUAUGACUUAUCUCAGGUGCCUGUUCCGAGUAUAUCAACUAACGUUCAUGAGGGUGGAAAGUCUGUGGAAAAGCCUGAUGCUAUCUUCUCCCAGGAGAGAGAUCCUAGAUUUGCUGAGAUGUUUGCUGGAAUAACUGCUUCAGAUAAAAAAAUGAUGGCCUCGGCAUCCACAGCAGGAAACCAGCAACUUUACUCACAGGGAAGCCCAUUUCAGCCAGGACAUUCGGGAAAGACAUUCAGUUCAUCUGUGGUACACGUUCCUGGUGUGAACGACAUCCAGUCGUCUUCGUCAACAGGCCAGAACCUGACACAGAUAUCUCGCCAGCUAAACCAGAGCCAGGUUGCCUGGACAGGAAAUCGCCCACCAUUUCCAGGACAGCAAAUUCCAUCUCAGUCUGGCAAGGCUCAGUCAUCUCCCUUUGGGAUUGGAACAAGUCACACCUACCCAGUCUGGCAAGCCGAUCCAUCGUCAUACAGCCCCCUUUCCAGCCCAGCCACCUCCUCUCCGAGCGGGAAUGCCUACUCUAGCUUAGCAAACCGAAGUGCAGGGUUUGCUGAAGGUGGCCAGAGCAGCGGCCAGUUCCAGGGGAGACCUUCUGAAGUCUGGUCCCAGUGGCAGAGCCAACAUCACAACCAGCAAAGCGGCGACCAGCAUUCGCACCCGCAGCCCAGUCAGACCGAAGUGUUCCAGGACAUGCUGCCAAUGCCGGGGGAUCCGACGCAGGGUACUGGCAAUUACAACAUUGAAGAUUUUGCUGACCUGGGCAUGUUUCCACCAUUCUCUGAGUAGCUUGUGAAGCAGAAAUGGAAGUUCUUCUCCAAGGCCAUUUCAGUGUAAUUUUGGCUCUGCUUUCUCUGUGUUGCAUUUCUGUAGAAGCUACUAAACCAGAAGACACAUU